GGAUGAGGAUAAGAGAACAAUAUAUGAGGUGAGUUGUCCGCGCUGAUCUUUAAGUAUCUGAGCCUCAGGCAUAAAAGCCUAAAUGCCCUCAGGCAGAUAUUCGACUGCUAAGGUACUGCUACCCCGCCACCAAGAAUCUCGGGCAAUCAAGCAGCGAAAUGUCGUCGGUUUCUGAGCUGAAAGCACCGACCACUGUCCUUAAUUUGAUGAUCUAUGCGGCUAGAAGCCCGGCAAACAUUCCGUAGCAGCUGCGUCGCCGACUGUGCAAGCAUAUUUCUCCGUCGUCGUGCUGUUAAGAAUCUUAUCCUAAAAGACCGGCUGUGACCUUCGCUCGCGAAAGACAACCUGACGCCUGCUUUAGAUCACAUCAUCACACGUCAUGUCGCCAAGUCCAGAUAUCAACACCCGCUUCACCCUUAACAACGGCACCACUAUCCCAGCUUUGGGGUUAGGCACCUGGCAAUCAUCGCCUGGCGAAGUCAAGCAGGCCGUCGAACAUGCUCUAAAAAGUGGCUACAGGCACAUCGAUGCCGCAUACUGCUAUCAGAAUGAGAAUGAGGUUGGUGAGGGCAUCAAAGCCGCCAUCGCCUCGGGUGCUGUGAAGCGGGAGGACAUCUUCGUAACAACCAAGUUGUGGUGCACGUUUCACACACGCGUUGAGGAGGGUCUGGACGAGAGCUUGAAGAACUUGGGCUUAGAUUAUGUCGACUUGUUCUUGAUGCAUUGGCCUUGUCCCAUGAAUCCAAAAGGUAACCAUCCUUUGUUUCCCAAGCUUGAGGACGGUAGCAGAGACCUGGACGUCUCCACCUCGCACAUCGAGACCUGGAAACGGAUGGAGAAGAUUCCCAAAGAGAAGACCCGUGCCAUUGGAGUCUCAAACUAUUCGAAGAAGUACCUCGAAAUUCUCCUGAAGCAUGCUACGACUGUGCCCGCAGUAAACCAGAUCGAAAACCAUCCGUAUCUUCCGCAGCAAGAGGUCGUCGACACAUGCAGGCAGAACAACAUUCUCGUCACAGCUUAUAGUCCUUUCGGCAGCACCGGGAGUCCAUUAUUCAAUGAGGUCGCCGUCAAGUCUGUGGCAGACGAACACAAAGUAUCGCCCGGCACAGUACUCCUGAGCUAUGCUAUUGCGAGAGGCAUCGUCGUCAUUCCCAAAUCGGUAACGCCUUCGCGAAUCGAGGAAAACACGAAGUUGAUCGUGCUUUCUGGGGAGGAGCUUGAAUCGCUGGAGAAGAUCCACAAAGAGAAGGGCAUUACUCGCUAUGUGUACCCUGCUUUUGGUGUGAACUUUGGAUUUCCAGACAAGGCCGAGGGUAGAAUCUUGCCAGGGGGAGAAUGACUGAUGGGACGCCUGUGAAGAAUGAAAAGUCCUGCUGGGUAUCUAGAUUGUAUAGAUCUCUCCUUGCUCAAAUGAGCCAUGUGCCAGCACCAGACCCCAGCUGUGGCUCGUGGCGAGAAUGUUUAGGUCGUCUCGUGUAUCGCCCAACAGCUCAGAUCCGCUUGACUUUGGAGACAACCUCAUCCAGCUUCUCCAAUAGUCUAUCCUUCUCUUUCAGAGAUGCCAACCGAUCUUCUUCCAUUGCUACUAGCUGCUGUUCCAAUUCUUCAAGCCUCUUCUUCUGCUGUUGCUCGCUCUGUCCAA